CCAACGCCACUAUUACACGAUGACAAACCCUUGCACACCCAAUGCUAUUCAAGCAAUCUUUAAUGAGGAACCAUGUCCCGCCCCCAUUCUACAGGUCCUGAACACCAAGCCUAUGCAUCAGGAUCUCCCUAAUGUACCUGUCCGCUACAGAGCGCUGUUCUCUGAUGGAUCUCACUUUUUGCAGGGUAUUCUUGGCACCUCGCUCAAUCCUCUUGUUGAAAGUGGAGCAAUGCCAAAGUAUGCUAUUGUUAAGCUUAAAAAGCACUCACUUAAGCCCGUCGCUGGAAGAAAGCUCAUUCUUGCUGUAGAGUUGGAUAUUCUCGACAGCUUUGGAAUUGUGAACAAGAUCGGAGAACCCGCACCUAUCGAUCCCAACGCAAGUAACCCACUGCAGAACAAAGCUGCAUCAGGAACAGCCCAACAACAACAGCAACAACAAAAUCAGAACCAGCAGAUGAACAAUCCUUUCCAGCAUCAACAGCAACAGCAACAGCAACAGCAACAGCAGCAACAACAACAGCAACAAGUGCUCGUCUCUCCAAGCGGUGGUCCUGUUUUCCCUAUUAGCUCCCUCAAUCCUUACCAGAACAGAUGGACAAUUAUGGCUCGCGUCACACAGAAGUCGGAGAUAAAAACCUGGAGUAAGCCAGGUAGCAAUGAGGGGAAACUUUUUAGCAUGACUUUGAUGGACGAGAGCGGCGAGAUCAAAGCUACUGCCUUCACCCAUCAGGUCGAUGAGUUUUACAACGUUAUCGAAGAGGGCAAGGUCUACUUUUUGUCAAAUGCCAAGGUGAAUUAUGCCAACAAACAGUUCUCUAAUGUCAAGAACGAUUAUGAACUGAUUUUGCAGCGUGAAACUCAGAUCAUCCCUGCACCUGAAUCCGAUCAUGUACCAGCAAUGCGUUACAAGUUCGUGGAUCUGUCAGCACUUUCUGAUGUGCAAGAGAAGGAAACCAUAGACGUUGUGGCGAUUGUCAAGGAGAUUGGUGAAGUUACUCACAGCGUCUCACAAAAAACGAAUCGUCCAGUUAUUAAGCGGGAUUUGACUCUGGUUGAUAAUACCGGAUUCACUACUCGCCUUACGCUAUGGGGUAACCAGGCUGAGUCAUUCGCUGUCACGGGGUCCAACCCGGUGAUUGCUUUUAAGGGCGUUACCGUCAGUGACUAUGGUGGGAAAUCGCUUAAUGCUUUUGGAGGCAGUUCAUACAAGGUCAAUCCUGAGAUCACAGAGGCAUUCAAGCUUCGAAAUUGGUUUGAUCAGAAUGGACAGUCAGUGUCAUUCCAUUCACACAUGUCUGAGUUCAAGUCAAAUAAUGCGCCUCGGAUGACUCUGGAGGAGGUCAAACAAGCCAGUAGUAAUAUGGACCCCACGCAGCAACUCUACUUUGAGACAAAAGCUACAAUUGUGAUGAUGAGUAAAUCCGACAAUACAUUCCAAUAUCCAGCGUGUCCAACACCCAACUGCAACAAGAAGGUCAUCGAGGAUGGUCCCAAUGCUUGGCGUUGCGAAAAAUGCAACCGUACGCAUCCGGAACCUGAAUACCGAUACGUCAUGGGUGUGAGUGCUUCCGACCACACAGCUCAUGCAUGGCUACAGGCAUUUAAUGAUGCAGGUCAAAUCAUCACUGGACGCCCGGCAGGAGAUUUAGUCAAGAAUCCACAUGAAAUUAAGCCCAUAUUCGACAAGGCUACAUUCAAAUCAUAUGUGUUCAAAUGCCGAGCCAAGCAGGAGACAUAUGGCGAUGAGGCCAAGAUGCGUUACACAAUCCUUUCCGCAACGCCUGUCAAUUGGAUAGAUGAAUCGAAAUACCUGUUGAAGGAGCUUAAGGAAUACGGUGUUUGAAGAAAAAGUUCAAGAGAAAGAAAAGC